GCGACGGAGUACCAUCUUGGUCUGCUUAAGGCCAAGCUUGCCCGUUACCGCGCCCAACUCCUCGAGCCAACCACGAAGUCCGGCGGUGCCGGCACCGGGUUCGAUGUGCAGAAAUCAGGAGACGCCAGAGUCGCCCUCAUCGGUUUCCCAUCCGUGGGCAAGUCCACUCUUCUUAGCAAGUGCACACACACGCAAUCCGAGUCCGCAGCGUACGAGUUCACCACGUUGACGGCUAUCCCGGGCGUUUUGGAAUAUGAGGGGGCGCGCAUACAGCUUCUCGAUCUGCCCGGAAUUGUGGAAGGCGCCAGUCAGGGUCGCGGUCGUGGACGGCAAGUCGUGGCCACCGCGAAGACUGCGGACCUCAUUCUGGUCAUGCUGGACGCUACGAAGUCCGAGGAACAACGCAGACUCCUUGAAAUUGAACUGGACGCAGUGGGCAUUCGCUUGAACAAGCAGAAGCCUGAUGUUGUUUUCAAGCGGAAAACGACGGGCGGGGUGCUUAACAAGACAGUCCCUUUGACCAAGACAGAUGAGAGGACUAUUCGGUCUAUUCUGGCGAGUUACAAGCUGCACAACUGCGAUGUCAUGAUCCGAGAGGACAUCACUACCGACGAAUUCAUCGACGUAUUGAUCGGUAUAUUCAAUCCCGUACCCUGUCAACUGUACGUCUACAAUAAAGUGGAUGCCAUCAGCCUCGAGCAAGUGGACAAGCUCGCAAGAGAGGAUCAUACCGUUGUGAUUAGCUGCGAGCUCGGUCUCAACUUGAACUACCUAAUCGAGAGGAUAUGGGACGAACUUGGGUUGGUGAAAGUGUACACCAAGAAGCGAGGCGCUCACCCCGAUCUCGAGGACCCUGUCUGCUUACGCAAGGGGGCGACAGUUGAGAACGUGUGCAACGGGAUUCAUCGGUCUUUGGCAGCAAACUUCCGCUAUGCACUUGGCAAGUCCUCGAAAUUCAGCCCGCACGCCCAGAAGGUCAGCCUGCACCACCAAGUUGCAGAUGAUGACAUCGUAUCCAGUGCGUAA